AUGAAGUUGUUCAAGGAAUCUUUCGGGCUUGCGUUGUUGGGAAUAACGACAUUUUGCGCCCAAAACGCCUGGGCUGCCUGCACAACCAACGCUGAUUGCGCAACUGACCCCGUUGGCCCGGUAUGCAACACUGGUACCAGCGCCUGUGGACCAUGCGUUACCAACGCUGAUUGUGUUGGCAACGUUCAGGGUCCUCGAUGUGAUCCUAUUGGCACCUGCGGCCCUGAAUGUGUAAACGACUCCAUGUGUGCCGGCAAUCCCAAGGGCCCGGUUUGCAAUACUGCUGCCAACACCUGUGGUCCUCAAUCCUCCACCAUUGCCUCGACCACCAGCACGGUUGCUCCGCCUACUUCGGCUGCCGCGUCCACUACUGCGCCUGCAUCCACAGCGGUUGCCGGAUCCAGCACCACGGCCGGGGCCAGCUCCGUUGCAGGAUCUCCGCCUGCCGGACCCGCUGGAUCUUCACCUGCCGGGUCUAUGGGGUCUUCGGCUGUGGGACCCGCCGGAACUUCGCCUGCUGGGCCUGCCGCAUCUUCCCCUGCCGGAUCCACCACCCAAGUCAACCCUCCUGCCAGUGGCUACACGGGUACUCCCAAUCUCGCCGCCCAGGGUAUCCAGACUUUCGGUACAUUCGAGAACGUUGGAACUGGUCAGUCGGUCAACGUGGAGAUCAUCGAUGCCAACGGCAACAGGGUAGUCUACCUUCUCACGUCUUUGGGUUGCAAGAGUAUCCCAGCUGGACAGUCUCCCUUCACUGAUGGUACGAGCCCUGCUGCUACUUCAAAGCAGACUUGUGUCACCACCUGUGGGCUAUCAUUCAGGCUCAACGCCUACGUUGGGACUCAAUGCUACUGUGGCUCGACUUUGAGAGACUUGCCAACGGUCCCUUGUCCAACGGUCCGAGCUCGCUUGAUGCGUCGCCAGGGAAGCAACACCGCCCAAAUUAUCCAAGUCAACCCUCCCACGGUUCCUAUCAGCUCAUCUACGUCGAGUUCUAGUACUUCCACCAGCAGAUCCAGCGGCACCAGCACCAGCACCAGUACUUCCACAAGCACUGGCAUCAGCACCUCUACAGGCACCAACAUCUCCACCAGUACCCCUACGACUAGGGCCUCCACAAGCACCAACACUAACACAGGUACCGGAGCCACCAGCACUGGUGCGAGCAGCCCCACGUCGGCCGGCACAACCCCGAGCAUGGGCCCGGGAGUCAGCAUCCCGGACUCUGACCCGGCCACCAGCUUAUCCAUGGCCCCCACAGCCUCCGGAAUGGCUACCAUUAACCCUAUCAACGUCGGCGGAUUCACAUAUCUCGGCUGCUACGGAUCUUCUUCUAGCUUCCCGACUUUCGUCCUGUCCCUGUCUGCUGAGGCUAUGACCAACGACCGCUGCAUUGCUCAAUGUGCCCCUACCGGCAAGCGUUACGCGGCUACCUUUGGCAGAGACUGUUUCUGCGGUGACUUCAUGGACGAUGUCAACCAGAUCAGGACCCCCGAGGAUCAGUGUAACCUCUCCUGCCCUGGUAACAGCAGACAGCGCUGUGGUGGUCGGGCGACCGACCCUGUUCUCAAGGCCAAGCGCCAGCUGCCCGGGGUCAUCUCGGCCGUCGUCCGCUUCAGCAUCUACGUCCGUGCCGGCGCCGCCCCUGGUGCUCCCUCCGGCACCAUCACCACCACUAUUACUACCACUGUUACCGGACGCGUCGCGACCAUCACCACUGCUUACUGUCCGUACUGCCACGACUGCAAGGGUCCCUUCUGCCAUAAGCCCAGCAACCCUUACGCAAACGGGGAGUGCUCCAACAUCCCUUGCUUUGGUGACGACUGCUACAAGACGAUUGUCGGCUACGGUGAAUACUGUGCCUUUGACUUCCCCUGCUUUGGCCCCGAGUGCGGUCGUCGUCUCGUACACACCGACGGCGUCUGGCGCCCUGAGGCUUGUAGCGGAUUCGACUGCGGUCGCAGGGUCAAGUGCGUCUCCGGCAAGUGUGGCUACGUUGUUGAGGGUAUGGCCGAGUGGCAUGAGAAGGUUACCUGCUACGGAAACUGCUGUUAUGUUGAGAAGUGUGCUGGCGACGCCUGCAACAAGAAGUACGUCUGCAAGGAUAACUCCUGUAUUUUCGAGUCCUGCUCCGCGAAGGAAGCACUCAACAAGUACGAGUGGUCCGGCGACCAGUACACCAUCGUCAAGGGCUGCGAUGGCAACUGUCCCAAGCCCCAGCCUCCUUGCGCCGACUGCGGGAUCGUCAUCUCGCAGGCUCCCGUCACCCAGACGGUUUGCAACGGCGCUUCUUGCAACACUGUUGUCGUUCCUCAGCCUCCCAUCACCAAGACUCCUUAUCAGACUGGUCUGGCGCCUGUCCAGCCCCCUGUCAUCACCGGUCUGCCCACAGUUGUUUCCCCAGGGACUACUAAGCCCGUUAACGUCGUCACUGCUGGAACCAGCAAGUUCGCUGCUGGCUUUGGUGCCUUUGCCUUCAGCGUCAUUGCUGCUGCCCUUCUCCUAUAA